AUGGCCCCUCUCGGCGCUAUCCUCGGCGGUUUGUUCAGCGGUGGCGGCGGCAGUAGUUCUUCAGAUGCCAAUGCCAGCGCCGACGCGUCAAGCUCAAACACAAACACUGCCAGCGGCGGAGCGGGAGGAUCUGGAGGAUCUGGAGGUGCGGGAGGUGCGGGAGGACAAGGAGGCUCGGGAACUGGUGGCAAUGCGGCCGGAGGACAGGGCGGCAGUGCGGCCGGGAAUACCAAUGGACCCGUGACAGCCGGUGGCGCUUCGGGAAACUCGGUCAGCGGCAUCACAAGCCAGAGCAACGGGGGAAACACGGCUAUUGGGCCAGUCUCAGGUGGCGACGCUCAAGGCGGCGAAGCUGACGCUGAUGGGGGAGACGCCAGCGUCGGCCCCCUCGAGAACGGAAACACCAGUGUCGGUCCUCUCUCCAACGGGAACACCCACGUUAACGAUGAGUUCAACCCGACUUUCAACCCCACGAUAUCACUCAAUCUGCAGGGCUUUGGAGAUUGCUACAACGACCCAACACACGGGCAAAUGUAUGGACAGGGCAUGGCAGCACACGCUGGACCGCAGCAGCAUGGCGGACAGCCUCAAUAUCCUGGACAACCGCAGCUCGGCGGGCAGCCUCAAUAUCCUGGACAACCGCAGCAUGGCGGACAGCCUCAGUAUACCGGACAACAGCCCUACCACCCGCAGCAUGAAGAUUACGACGACCCAUCGCAGUAUGACCCCGAGGACGACGGCAGCGCAGAACAAUGGCCGCACGAUCCCAGCCAAGGAGGUGCUGGCGGCGCUGCCAUGGGGUUGCAAGGGACUUCCAUGGCGAUGCAAGGGUCUCAGGGCUCGAUGCAUCCUUCCCAGGGCGGUGCCAUGGGCAUGGACGAGUCCGAUCACUACGAUCCCGAGCAUGAAGCCAUGACCAGCAUGGAUGCAGACAACGAACACUACGAAGAGUAUCCGGAAGGCGACGAGGAAGAGGAAGAGGGAAUGGAAGGCUACGACCAGGGCUACGGACAGGCUCAGGCCGUCUACUAG